ACCUGGGAGGUGGGAGCUGUGUGCAGGCAGGGGCUGCUCAGGGCUCAGCAUGUCCUUCAUCCAGGUAGACAAGGACUCCGAUUUUCCUCUCCAAAACCUCCCCUAUGGGGUUUUCUCCACGAAGGAGGAGCCUCGGCACAGGCUUGGGGUAGCCAUUGGAGACCAGAUUUUGGAUCUCAGUGUCACUAAACAUCUUUUCAAUGGACCAGCUCUUGCCAAACACCAGCACGUCUUUGACCAGCCCACGCUGAACGCCUUCAUGGGGCUGGGCUGGCCAGCGUGGACCGAGGCCAGGGCUUUCCUCCAGAAGCUGCUGUCAGCUGGAGAGCCCACCCUGAGGGACAACACAGAGCUGCGGAGAAGAGCAUUUGUACCUCAAGCUGCUGCGACGAUGCACCUGCCUGCCCACAUUGGAGACUACACUGACUUCUAUUCUUCACGCCAGCAUGCCACAAACGUUGGGAUCAUGUUCAGGGGGAAGGAGAACGCUCUGAUGCCGAACUGGCUGCACUUACCUGUGGGCUACCACGGCCGGGCAUCGUCUGUUGUGGUGUCUGGGACGCCCAUCCGGAGACCUGUGGGACAGAUGAAACCUGACAAUGAUAAGCCCCCAGUGUUUGGUGCUUGUAAACGUCUGGAUAUCGAGUUAGAAAUGGCAUUCUUUGUAGGUCCUGGAAACAAGUUUGGGGAGCCCAUUCCCAUCAGCAGGGCCCAGGAGCACAUCUUUGGGAUGGUGCUGAUGAACGACUGGAGCGCCCGUGACAUCCAGAAGUGGGAAUAUGUUCCUCUGGGUCCUUUCCUGAGCAAAAGCCUUGGCACAACCAUCUCUCCCUGGGUUGUCACCAUGGAAGCUCUCAUGCCAUUUGUGUUGCCAAACCCUGUCCAGGAUCCUAAGCCGCUGCCCUACCUUCAGGAUAAAGAGCCCUACACUUUUGACAUCAAGCUCUUUGUUGCCAUUAAAGGAGAAGGAAUGAGCACACCAACUACUAUAUGCAGAUCCAAUUUCAAGCACAUGUACUGGACCAUGAAACAGCAGCUGGCUCACCAUUCCAUCAAUGGCUGCAACCUCAGGCCUGGAGACCUCCUGGCCUCUGGCACCAUCAGUGGACCUGAGCCAGAGAGCUUUGGCUCCAUGCUGGAGCUGUCCUGGAACGGAACAAAAGAAAUCCCUCUUGGCAGUGGGCAGUCUCGUAAAUUCCUGCAGGAUGGAGAUGAAGUAAUUUUGACAGGUUACUGCCAGGGCAACGGCUUCCGUGUGGGAUUUGGCCAGUGCUCAGGAAAAAUCCUUCCAGCCCUGUCCAAUCCAUGAGGCCUGGAGUAAUGUGGCAUCCAAGGAGGAACCCUCCUCCC